AACUCAAAUCAAUUUUCUUUGUUUUUCAAGAUGUUCGAAACUUGAAAGUUAUUUAUGAAAUCGAUGUUAAUAUUUAGAAAUAAUUAUUUUUAAAGUGAAACUUGUUCUAACAAAACAGUCUAUUUUAAUGGUCCAAGAGUAUGUAAAUACUACGUAAAAUUUAUGUCAGUCAUAAUGUUAAAGAUGUGCGGUUAGCGAAGGCUAAUGAUUGAACGCAUAAUGUUUUUUUAUCAGAGUAAGUGUUCUGCGGGUUUAUCUAUGAAAACCUAUCUACUAGAUAAUUGAGCAGGUAUAUAAGUAAAAUAAUACAUGGCGCUAAUUAAAUAAAAAUAUACAAGUAUGACUGUAAACAUGGAUGAUAUCAAACUUAAUAUGCAGCAGUUAAUGGAGAGGACGUUGGAAAUUGCAAAAGAUGCAUUGAAUGCAAAUGAAGUACCAGUUGGUUGUUUAUUUAUACACAACAGUACAGUUAUUGCCGAAUCGCGCAACAGCGUGAAUGAAACUCAUAAUCCUACCAGGCAUGCUGAAAUUAACUGUAUUGAUAACACUUUGUUAUACUGUAAACGCAAUGGACUGGCAUUUGAAAACUUUUUUAAAAAUAUAAUUGUAUAUGUUACAGUUGAACCCUGUAUUAUGUGUGCAGCAGCACUAAAGAUAUUAAAUGUUAAAAAAGUUAUAUAUGGUUGCAAUAAUGAUAGAUUUGGUGGAAAUACUGUUCUCAAUGUCAAUAAUAUAUAUACAGAUGGCUAUACACAGACAGGCAAUAUUUUAGCAGAUGAAGCUAUGACAUUAUUGAAAACUUUUUAUAAAGGUACUAAUCCAAAUGCACCUGAACCUAAAGUAAAAAAGAAAAAAUCAUUAUAACUAGAAAUAAAAAUGUUUUAUUGUUA